GGGUAUAGAGUGGGAUGGUGAUGGUGUGGUGUGCCUCUUUCCUCCUCUGCAGUGUUCUCAUCAGUAUGGGAGAGAGAGAGGCGCUCCUCUCAUCUGUAUUCAAAGUCAGUAGCACAACAGGAGCAGGAAGCAUAGUCUGUUAGCUUGCCUGUCCCCUACUGCUAAUAACACUGACUAACUAAUAACCCUGACUAACUAAUAACCCUGACUAACCAAUAACCCUGACUAACUAAUAACCCUGACUAACUAAUAACCCUGACUAACUAAUAACCCUGACUAACUAAUAACCCUGGCUGACUAAUAACCCCGACUGACUAAUAACCCUGACUGACUAAUAACCCUGACCAGCUAAUAACCCUGACUGACCAAGAACCCUGACUGACUGAUAACCUUGACUGACUAAUAACCCUGACUAGCUAAUAACCCUGACUGACUAAUAACCCUAUCUAGCUAAUAACCCUGACUGACUAAUAACCCUGACUGACUGAUAACCCUGACUAGCUAAUAACCCUGACUGGCUAAUAGCCCUGACUAACUAAUAACCCUGAAUGACUAAUAACACUGACUAACUAAUAACCCUGAAUGACUAAUAACCCUGACUGGCUGAUAACCCUGACUGACUAAUAACCCUGACUGACUAAUAACCCUGACUGACGGAUAACCCUGACUAACUUAUAACCCUGACUGACUAAUAACCCUGACUAGCUAAUAACCCUGACUGACGGAUAACCCUGACUAAUUUAUAACCCUGACUGACUAAUAACCCUGACUAGCUAAUAACCCUGACUGACUAAUAACCCUGACUAACUAAUAACCCUGACUGACUGAUAACCCUGACUGACUAAUAAUCCUGAAUGACUAAUAACCCUGACUAACUAAUAACACGUAUUCCUAGUUUAUAUGCCUAAAUCCCAAACUCUCAGCAGCUGCCCUUUUCCUCAUCAACUAUUCACAAUAACAGUAGAGACAGCGAAUCUUCCAGUAUGACCAGCUCCCCCAGUCAACGACUAGCCACAGCACUUCUCAGCUUUCUCAACUGAACAUUUAAGUCCUCUAGUAGUCCAGAGCCUUCAUUGAACUACUGAGCCAUCUGUGAUUCACUGGCAUGACUGAUUGUGUUUGCAUUUCACCAUGGGACAAGGGAUAGACUGGACACGGAGGGAAGAGGGAGAGAGAGAGAUUAGAGCAGAAGAAGUGAUGGCUGUAUAAUUAGCCCCAGCAGAAGGGGAUUUGUGCUUAAAUGGCUGCCCUAUAUUUCUACCCCUCCACCUCUCCUCUUCUCUCCUCCUCCUCUCCUCCUCCCCUCCCGCUCUUUACUCCUUCUCUCUCAAAGUGUCUGUGCUGCACUCUGGCUCCCUGAGCUAUUGACAGCUCGGUCGUGAUGAGGUUCAAUGCCGGGCACGUUGCAGAUCAGUCAGUCUUGGUUGAGGCAGAAGUGACAGACGGACUCAGAGCACUUUGGCUCGGCUCAGGUUGGCUCGGCUCAGGUUGGCUCGGCUCAGGUUGGCUCGGCUCAGGUUGGCUCGGCUCAGGUUGGCUCGGCUCAGGUUGGCUCAUCUUGGAUGGAACUGGACACUUGUUUCUGGCUGUGUAUAUGAUCUCUACCUGGACUUUACUGUACAUUGGCCUGUGUGCACUAUAGUAGGCUAAAUCCACACCUCGCCUCACAGCCUGCAUGUGAGUGUGUGCUGAAUCACUCCUGUGAGUGAUAGUACAUUGCAACAGAGCCAGAUCUUUUCGUGUGUGUGUGUAUCGGACAAGAACCUCUUGGAGUGAGUUUUCGGAGCGGUCUGCCUGCGUCUCUGUCGGGGUGCCUCUGGAUGUGUGUGUUUCUGUGAGUGUGGGAGCAGCCCGUUCCCUCAUGUCUGUGCAUGAGUUUCUGCUGGAAGGGGCAGGCGAGGUGCCCACCCGGAUCAUGAACAGACUGAGUGAGAUGAUCCAGAGCCUGGACAUCUCUGGCCUGGCCUCCCCUUUCACCCCCACAGCCAGCCGGACGGACUGGAAGUGGAACGAUGAGAUCAUGCAGCAGGAGAGCAGCCCCCUCUGUGCCAUCGACAUCACCCCUGACCUUAGGAAGAAGUUCGCCUUCCUCUUAGGGGGCCGAGGGCAGAACGGCAGCCCCAUCAUCGUGUUCCCAGAGUUCUCUGCUUUCGGAGAGAUUCAGGAGAGGGAGUUCCACAACGUGCUCACUUACUUGACCAACGUCCCCAGUCUGUCUGCAGCAGGAGUGGGUUUCAUUCUGGUCAUUGACCGACGGCAGGACCGAUGGGCUGCCGUCAAGGGGACCCUGCUCCGCAUCGCAGGUUCGUUCCCAGGGAACCUGCAGUUGGUUCUGGUAUUGAGGCCCACCACAUUAUUCCAGAGGACUCUAUCAGACAUCCUGUUCAAGUUCAACAAGGAUGAGUUCAAGAUGAAGGUGCCGGUGAUUAUGUUGAGUUCUGUGACUGAGCUUCACUCCUACAUAGACCAGACACAAUUGACUACUGAGCUGGGAGGAGCGCAGGAGUACUGCCACGAACAGUGGAUCUCACACCGUACCGACAUGGAGAGCUUUGCUUUGAUGGUGAAGAGAACAGCUCAGAUCCUGCAGUCGUUUGGGACAGAACUAGCAGAGACUGAACUACCCAAUGACAUCCAGGCUACUGCCAACUUACUGAGAUCACACACUGACAAGAAAGACAAGAUGAAGGAGGAUCUGCAGGUGGCUCUAGGACAGGGCAGCAGACUGUUGGAGAGUAUUAAUAAGCCAGUGGUCAGAGAUCCCGAACACAACAUGAACCAGGGCGAACUGGAGAACCUGGCCACCAUACAGAGACUGUUGUCCCAGUUGGAUGAGACAGAGCGGGCGUGUGAUGAGUUCUGGGGGACACACCAGGCCAAGCUGGAGCAAUGUCUGCAGCUCCGCCACUUUGAACACAACUUCAGAGAGAUGAGAUGUCUGCUGGACCAGGUGGCAGAUAGAUUGACAGUUUUCUCAGAGGUGGGAAUAAACCCUGCCCAUGCUGAUCACAUCUUCCGCGACCUGAACAGCCACGAGGAGAGAGUCUUAGAGGUAUUGGACGAAGCCCAAGCUUUGGCCCGUGAGGGUGACGAGUUGAUCCAGAGCUCUCACUACGCUGAGGACUCCAUUCAGCCCAAAUGCAGCGAGCUCCGAGCCGUGAGCAAGGAACUUAGUUCCACCCUGAGAGCAAGGAAAGAUCACCUACUCAGAGCUAUGGAGCUACACCACAACCUGGAGAGGGCUGCUAAGUGGUGUGGUGAUGGCCUCUACCUGCUGGCCUCCCAACCCGUGGACAAGUGUCAGUCACAUGAAGGGGCGGAGUCAGCGCUGCAGGAGAUGGAGCGUUACCUAGAUACGGCGGGACAGAACAAACUAACUGAUCCUAGCGCCAUCUACAGUGAUUACAAGACAGUGCUCAACCAGGACUUCAGGAACCAAGUAGAGAAAGUCUUUCAGAAGCAGGUGUCCGUGCAGGAGAUGUUUGAGAAGAGGAUGGUCAGUCUGAAGAAGCUGGCAGCCAAACAGACCAGGCCAGUCCAGCCUGUGGCCCCAAGGCCUGAAGCCUUCAUCAAGUCCCCACUCUCCUCGCCAGCAAAGAGAGUGCUGGAGAAGAGUUGCUCAGAGGGAGACUCUGUGAAUGGGGUCAGCUGUAGAACAGUGGAGGGCCAGCUACAGAGCAACAGAAGUACCUCACUGUCAGAGGAGGACGAGAACCUGGCCAUCCUCAGAAAACAUGUAAUGAAUGAGCUGCUGGAGACAGAAAGGGGGUACGUGGAGGAACUGCACUGUGUCCUACAGGGCUAUGCCUCAGAGAUGGACAAUCCAGCCAUGACCAGCCUCAUGCCCGCUCCUCUGCAGAACAAGAAAGAUGUGCUGUUUGGCAACAUGCCAGAGAUCUACACCUUCCACAAGAGGAUCUUUCUGGGGGAGUUAGAAGAGUACCAAGGCUGCCCGGAACUUGUGGGUCGUUGUUUUCUGAGGAGGAUGACAGACCUGCAGAUCUAUGAGAAGUAUUGUCAGAAUAAACCUCGCUCUGAAAGCUUGUGGAGACAGUGCUCCGACUGCACAUUCUUCCAGGAAUGUCAGAAGAAGCUGGAACAUAAACUGGGCUUGGAUUCCUAUCUCCUGAAACCGGUCCAGAGGAUUACCAAAUACCAGCUCCUGUUGAAGGAGCUGCUAAAGUACAGUAAGGGCUGUGAGGGGACAGAGGCCCUGCAGGAGGCGCUCACCUCUAUCCUGGGAAUCUUGAAGGCUGUCAAUGACUCCAUGCACCUCAUUGCUAUCACUGGAUACGAUGGUCACCUGGGUGACCUGGGCCGGCUGCUGAUGCAGGGGUCAUUCAGUGUGUGGACGGAACACAAGAAAGGUCACGCCAAGGUCAAGGACAUGGCCCGCUUCAAGCCUAUGCAGAGACACCUGUUCCUGCACGAGAAAGCCCUGCUCUUCUGUAAGAGACGCGAAGAGAACGGGGAGGGCUAUGAGAAAGCCCCCUCCUACAGCUUCAAACAGUCCCUUAGCAUGAGUGCUGUGGGCAUCACUGAGAAUGCCAAAGGUGACAACAAGAAGUUUGAGGUCUGGUGCAACUCACGAGAGGAGGUGUACAUUGUGCAGGCCCCGACGAAUGAGGUGAAAACGACGUGGGUGAACGAGAUCCGGAAGGUUCUGACAACACAGCUGGAGGCCUACAGAGAUCUCCCUGCAUGUCUUCCAGAAGCCAGCCAACAGAGGUCGUCAGACGGACUUUUCCAGUUCCCUCCUACCGCUGGAGAACCUGUCAGCCUCGGUUCAUUUAGAAGAGAGGAGAGGAGCAUGAAGGUGAAGAAGGGAGAACCCAGCAACCCUGACGCUAACUCCCCCCCAAAAACCAAAGACGAGGCAGUGACCAGUCCUACCUUAGACAGAGCAGCAGUAGCUAAAAAGCGUUUUACCUUGCAGGGCUUCAGCAACUUCAGCAAAGGUUCUGCCACAAGCCCUGACCAUAAAACCAAACGUCAUGAGAUAAAGAGUGAUCCCACUCCGUUCGGCUUCAAAGGAUGGACCAAGGGCUCUCUCUCAUUGGACGCCAACGAGGAGAAUGAUGGGUACUCUAGCACUGAAGAGCCCCUAACCUCAGACCCUGAGGACGAGGGGGGAAAGAAACUGUGUGCAGGGAAGUACACAGUGGUGUCUGACUAUGAGAAGUGUAGCGCCCAGGAUCUGUCAGUCAAGAGUGGUGAAACGGUUCAGCUGAUCAAAGAGGGAGAAGAUGGCCAGUGGUUUGUGAAGAAUCUGAAGACUAAGCAGGAGGUCUGGGUGGCUGCUGCCAACCUUUACACCCUGAUUGGAGAGUCCACGUCCUGCCAGUCUCUCACCAGCUCAGAGGGCAGUGGCUCAGGGAACCUCAGCACUUCAUCCAGCUGCUGUGAGACCAACACCAGCUCCUCUGACAUCAAGCCCUGAACCCUCCAACCUUCCCUGGCCACAUCAGGCCGCCCCUGGUUUCCGGAGCCGAACGCUACAGCACCAGCUGGUGGCUCCCCCAACAAAGCAGUACUUUCUCCCCCACCCAAAACCCAACUUUGCCUCUCCUUAUCCAGAGGCAAGCCCCUGGAUUAGGAUACUGGUCAGCCACUUCAAGAAAAUGCCAACUAAUGCCAGUGUUCCAGUGACCAGUCUAUAGAUAGUAGUGUCAUUGAUUAGAGAAUGGAUCUGGUGCCCUGGUGUAAUUGUAGAGACACAGUGCAGUGUUUGUAUUAAGAAGCUACAUUCAUCCAUCUAUCCAUUCAUCCACAGGAUGAGCAAGUGGAGUAUGAGGUCUAGGAUUGGUGACGGGUGAACUGUUCCUAGAUCUGAUCGUCAGCUAUGCAAGCAGACCUGGGGCAGGCUAAUAUCAAUGGCACUACGGCAGACAAAAUGCCAUGGACAAGAUGGAACCUGACAUAACCAAUAGAUUUUGAAUAACAUUCUAGAAUGAAUUAGAAUUCUAAUUCUUUGAAUCUGAUCAGGUGUCAGGGAUGACAUGGAUCGUGUUGACCCGGUCUUGUUGUACUGUAGGCCUGUGUCACUGUUACAAUUCUGUUGGUCCACAUCAUGGUUCCUUUGAUUGUCUAGAAAUAGACAAGACUCUUUUUUAUUUUUCAAAUAGAAAGUUAUUGUAAAUAAAAAGACUAUGAAUGCAAGUAUACCUUGUUUAGCUAUUCAGAUUGGUAACACUCAGAGCAACAGUCACCUCAAACAUGUGACCAUGGAAGUAACCAGUAUGACCUAUGGUAGUAGGCCUAUGACUAUCUUAUUGCCUGUUGGACAGCAAGGAGACACUGCAUUUGAAAGCUGAGGGAUGUGAAUGACUAGUUAUGUACUUUGAUAAAGAUGUUAUUCUACAUAUUUCUAUCUCUGUAAUGUAAUCUCUUUCUCCCUUGCUUGGCCUUCUUCCCUCUUGUCCUCUUAAUUAGCUUACCCUGUCCUGCAACAGUUUUGUAUGACUCAGAGUACAGGAGGCUGCUGAGGGAAGGACUACUCAUAAAUAGGCCUGGAAUGUAGUGAAUGGAAUAGUAUCAAAUGCAUGGAAACCAUUUAUUCCGUUCCAGCCAUUACUAUGAGCCUUGUCCUCCCCAUUUAAGGUGCCUCCAACCUCCUGUGAUUCAGACAGAGCAGUCACAGUAUUCACUGUUGGUUGUCCUCGUCAAUUAACUUUGAGAUCCCUUUUUCAUCCACUCCAACGGCUGUCCAGUCACACAUGUAUUAAACAUGACUUCGGAUGUAUGCUAGUCAUUUUACGGGGAUUUCUCCAUGUGUACUGUGAACUUUCCUCCUUUUGUUAAUAACUCAGAAUCCAGUGUAUAGUUUUAAAUUAUUUAUUGCUUUACAAUCAUUUAUAAAGAUAGUUUAUUACCUCACUAUUUUCUUUCAGAAAGUCUGUCAGCAUUGUCUGUUUUUUUAUAUUAAAAAGGACUUUGUGUCUGUGUUAACUA